CAACAUCCUGUGGGGAAGAUCCGCAGCAGACGCGCAAUGCCCUGCAGGUGGUGCGUUCCUCAUUGCCGCUACACGGGGCAGUUCCACAAGAGCAUCACCACAAUAAAGCCGACCCGGAGCGCUCCUAAUUGCUAAAACCCUUUGCGCUCUAGUACCAGCAACACGCACCUCCACCGCCGCGUCUCUGCAUUUCAUCGGUCUUUUCCUGAAACCUCUUCGUUUAUUUUUGCAGUUGUCUCUGCUGCCACGUUUAUUUUGUUUUGCCUUCUGUCUUUUGGAUUACGCGUUGGCAUAUUUUACGUCGUUUUCCUGCGUCUACCUUCAACAAAACGAUUCGAUAAAAAGAUAAAAGUACGCUGGCGCUAUCGGGAAUCAUACGUAGCCUCCUGUAUUCAUAACAGAAAUGGCUUCGUCGAUUGACUCGUUUUAAUUUUAUUGGAGAAGCAUACCAAUUACUGAAAUCACUGGACUUCUUUCUGUCAGUCCCGGUUUACACGGUCAUUUCGGUUUUGAUUUUUUUGGUUUUCUGGUUUAGCUGGUGUUUGCUUUGUAUGAAGUACAGCAACAACCUUAUAAGACUGUGCGGGACCUUACAACAGGCAGGAAACUGAGAGUAUUCUUUCAGACUUUGUUGAAUUGUUUGCACUGGAUUUAGUGUAGAGGUCUUUUCGCCCGACUGCCAGUAUGGAUUUUCCGUUGGUAUUUUUCUUUUGCUUCCUUGCUAUUCCUGUUUUUGGGGACAACACCAGCAGCAAACCACGGAGUUGCUCGGAUGUUAGGCAGUUCUACAGCGGCAAAGGCUUCAGCCUUAGCGGGGUCCCACAGACUGAAAUAUCUGGUGAGCAUCUGCGGGUGUGCGCUCAGGGCUACACCUGCUGCACCAGCGAGAUGGAGGACAGCCUGGCCAGCCUGAGCAAGCGGGAGUUUGAGGGGCUGGUUAAGGAGGCCGGCCGCUCCCUCCAGUCCUCUCUCAACGGCCAAUACAAGAACUUUGAUGGCUAUUUCCUGGAGCUGCUGAACGGAUCAGAGCGUUCCCUGCAGGAGUCCUUCCUCACCAUCUACAGGGCGCUGUACUCGCAGAACGCCCACGUCUUCCAGGACCUGUACGACGAGCUGCGGCGCUACCACCGCGGUGCCAGUGUCAACCUGGAGGAGGCGCUCAAUGACUUCUGGGCGCGGCUGCUGGAGCGGCUCUUCAAGGCCUACAACCCACAGUACGCCAUCGGCGACGAGUACCUGGAGUGCGUGGCCAAGCAGACGGAGACGCUGCGGCCCUUCGGCGACGUGCCACGUGACCUGAAGCUGAAGGCCACCCGCGCCCUCAUCGCCGCCCGCUCCUUCGUUCAGGGCCUGACGGUGGCCGGCGAGGUCGUGCGCAAGGUCUCCCAGGUGCCCCUCAGUCACGAGUGUGUCCGAGCCAUUAUGAAGCUGAUGUACUGCCCGCACUGCCGCAUGAUGUCCUCCAUCAAGCCCUGCACCAACUACUGCCGGAACGUGAUGAAGGGCUGUCUGGCCAACCAGGCCGACCUGGACACCGAGUGGCAGAACCUGGUCGACGCCCUGCUGCAGGUGACGAGCCGCUUCACCGGGGACUCCAGCGUGGACAUGGUCCUUUACUCCAUCCCCCUGCGCAUCUCUGAGGCCAUGCUCGCCAUGCAGGAGAACAUCGAGGUCUUCAACAGCAAGGUGUUCCAGGCAUGUGGGACCCCCCGGCUGGCUGAGACCCGGUCCGAGGAACAGAGGAGGCAGGCGAACGCGGGCGCGGAGUCAAAUACCCCCCUCCCUCCCAGCGUCAAGCUGGAGAAACUGGUCUCCGACGUGACAAGCAAGCUGAGGGAGAUGCAGCAGUACUGGGUCCAGCUGCCGAACGCGCUCUGCAAUGACAGAGUGACAGCUGGAAUGGCCAAUGAGGACAAGUGCUGGAAUGGAAUGGGCAGGGCCAGGUACCUUCCUGAGGUCAUGGGAGAUGGCCUGGCCAGUCAGAUCAAUAACCCUGAGGUGGAGAUCGACAUCACCAAGCCAGACAUGACCAUCCGCCAGCAGAUCAUGCAGCUCAAGAUCAUGACCAACCGCCUCAAGAACGCCUUCAAUGGCAAUGAUGUGGACUUCCAGGAUGCCACGGAUGAUGUGAGCGGUUCGGGAAGCGGGAUGUGCUCGGACGAGGUGUGUGCUCGGAGCCCCCGAGUCAUCGUGCCCAACACGGACCGGCCCAAGCUGUAUGCCUACCCCGCCAAGAACAAGAAAGUGCUGUCCACAGGGAGCCAGAUCCACCCUUGCUUUGCCCUCCUUCUGCUCUCAUUGGCCACUCUAUCGCUGUGGCGAUAAUUGAUGGGCCAAGCCACCAAUCAGGACUGACAUUUUGGGAUUAUUUUUUUUUUUUUUGGGGGGGGGGGGGCAGGGAAUAAAAAGAAAAAGAAUGGGUGGUCUAGUAACUUCGCCAAAAAAAAGAUGAACAUUAAUGACUUGACUACCUUUUACCCUUGAGAAGAAGAAAACAAUUUGAAAAAAGUACUAGUUUUGUUUUGUUUUUUUGUUUUUUUAAUAUAUGGUAAGCUUUAGAGCUGGUCUUUGGCAUAUUUUUUUCUGGUGUUUGGGUUCUUUGAAAUGUCUGUACUUAAACAGAAAAAGAAAAGUGUAUAGACAGUACAUAUAUGGAAGUUUUGUGUCAUCACAGUGAAGGAUGGCUUCACUCAUAACAUCUAAUAUUGUUGCUGUGGCAUCUCAGUGAAGCGAUAACAUUAAUAUGACAGAGUGCUGUUGUUGGAAGAUUGUGACUAAGUUGGGUUUGUAGUAGUGCUGAGUAGGGGUGGGAAUCAUCAUGGACCUCACGAUUCAAUAUUAUCCCAAUACUUGGGUCACGAUAUGAUAUUAUUGCGAUUCUUUGUGUUUUUGCAAUUGAGUAUUGCCAUACAAUUGCUAUUUUAUUUUUAUUCAUUUGUUUUCCAUUUGACUACAGUAAAACGUUGAAAUCAUAUGCCUAAGGAGAAAAUUAUGCCAAAACCCAUCGCACCCCAUAAUCAAAAUCAUUGCAUCAGUUAAUUUCAGUUAAAAUCUUUACUUGUGCAACUGAGCACAAUGAACACAUAGCAUCCUGUAAGAAAAUAUUAAAGAACAUCGGGCCCCUUCAGCAGCUUCAAUACAAUUUAAUUAAUACAUUUAAGGAAAGAACUGAAAUGAAAUGGUGAGAUUCAUCCAAUCAUCAGCACCGCAAUGUCAGCAGUUUUAGAUGGGCAGCAGCUGUGUCAUCUGCAGUUUCAGAUGGCGCGUAUGGAACAUGUAUCAACACUUGUUUUUCAUUGAAUAUCUUAGUUACAUCAACACUGUGCUUGCUAAGCAGUUUGGUGUAAAUGUGUGCCAUAUUCGAUUUAGCGAGUGUCCAUGAUGUUGUUUUCUGUGUUGUUAGGUUAUGUUGGCUCCCAUCUCAUCACAUAUGCGCUCAACUGAAUGAAGCCAGUUUUUCUACGGUGGCUAGCUAGUUAUCCGUGAUAGAAAACAUACUGUGAGACCCUUUUUACCCAAGUUCAGAUUGAAUUUUAAUAAGUUACACAAGUGAUGGCGAACCUAGCAUAGCACUGGCUUGCUACUUGACUAGAACGAGAGGGACUAGAAUGAGUCUGGUUGCUACUGUAGGUACUAUCUAUGGUUUGGGCUAUUUGCUGGAAUCAUGAUGUAAUGUUUUCUUUGUAUGGUAAACUAAUGUUUAUAAUGGGAUGGCAGUGGUUGUUUUCCAGGUAUUAGUCUGACCCAUAUGUGUUGCCAAGGAAACUGCACCUCUCCUGCCAGUUAGUGAGUGCCCUUGUCUUAAUUUUUUCUCAAGCGACCAUGGCAUAAACAGAAUUCACUGAGUCCACUACGAGGUGUGCAGUUAUAUGAUUUGAAUGCACUCCACAGAGGAUGGCUCUUCGCCUCUGCAUCCUGAAUUAACAUCACAUAAAAAAUAAUAUGCAUUUGAAAAUGCGUAUAUGUUUUGAUAGAUUAUUGAUACUUGGCGCCUCUGUAUCGAUGCCGUAUCACAGAAGAAAGUACCGCAAUACCGUGCUGUAUCAAUUUUUUCCCCCACCCCUAGCGCUGAGCCAGACAUUCUGUUUUUCUUUAAAUGGGCUUGCACAUUAUGUAUUUAUUAAACAGGAAAAAAGAGCAAUGUUGUGAUAAGGAGGGAAGGAAGGUAUAACUGAUAUAUUGCUUUAUGGCUGUUGUCUAAACAGGCCCUGGAAAUAUGCAUUAACAAUGCAUCAGUGAGCAGAGAUUUCAUUAAAUGUUUCACAGAUGAAAACUUAAGAGAACUUAAUAGUGUCAUUUAGUGUGAGGCCGCAGUCUGGGCCAGGCUUAAAAUGAUGAGCAGAGCGGUCUGUACACUGGCUCAGACGCAAAGAGAAGAAUAUGGCUGCUCGUACCGCAUGUCUAAUGCCACGUGUCCUGUCUCUGUGUGGGUAAACUUAUUUAGCCAUGGACAGAGAGUUUCUGUUUAGCACUACCUGCCAGUGAUAGUGGGAAAAAAUGGACAGAAGGAUGUAACUUUGCAUUGUUGUUGCUUUUUAAAUGAACUGUUAAGAUGUAGAUGGAAUACUGAGGUUUCUUUGCCCUCGGUGCAACCAAGACCAAUUCCAACCCAGAGUGAUGCAAGUGCACAGCUGAUAAGAGGCUUCAGUGUGUGAUUUCAGACAUACAGUCAAGCCAAAACCCUACAUGAUAAAACCACUUUCAACAACUUUUAAAAGUGUACCUGCCUACAGUUUAUGCACCUGCCUACCUGCCUCGGUCUCGUACACAUCUUAGUGAACUUAUACCAUCUCGGAGACGGCGGAAUCUUGCCUGUUCUACCCUGAGGAAACAGCGGGGCGCUCCAGCUCGCGCGUUACCCUCCCACGAUAUCGCUGUCGCAGUGUAGCCACACGACGGCGUGGUGGUAACGUUAAGCAGAUGAUAAGAGAACAUUGUGGGAACGCUGUCACCACGGUCCUGCCAUUGAACCACGAGCCACAGGGGGGAAGACAUGGCGUAGGCUGAGUUUGACGGCUCGUGACCACGCAAAAAAAGCGUGAGUUUUAAAUUUGUUGAAGAGUUUUCUUUUUGGUUUUUUUUUUGCAGUCUUUUGGUUUUGUGUUUCUGCCACGAAUCAAUGUGUCGAUGGACCUUGCCGGUCACUAUAGUGGUGUCCUGUGUGUGACCGACGAUGACGAGAUGACUAAUCACAAACAUGAACCCAGGAAGGAGAAAAGGGGUAUAUCUGCGUGCGUGUGUGUAUUCAUAUGUAAGGCUCCUUAUUUGCACCAGCGGUUGAUUGAACCACUUGAUUUCCCAUGGCAUACGUUCCAAAGACAGAAAACAGGAGGUUAAUUCAGUAGUUGAAUGCCUCUGUUUCUCUCUCUCUCUUUCUUUCUCUCUCUCUUUGCAUAGGUCCCCCUUCUAUGCCCCCCUUGCCACCCCCGAUCAUUCAUCAUUACCAGGAUCAUGGUGAAACCCCACAGUUGUCAGGAUACCUGGUGCAAAUCCCCCUCAAGUCAAGUGGGCUCAGUGAUUUAUUCUACUUUUUUCCAUUCUUUUGGACAUUAAUGAGCCCCCCCUCACCCUCAUCCUAUUACUGCAUAUGCCGACUGCAGCUCUUUAUGGAUGUGAUACAGGUAUCACCAGGUUUCUCUGGGUAUGUUUUUAAAUCCAUGAACAGCCAUUUUGUUUUGCACGUGGAGGUCAACCUGGGGGAAAUCAAUACAGCAGAACAAGCCGGAGAUUCUGUGAUUGAUUUGGAUAUUGAGACGGACGGACUGAUCUUUAUGUAAACUAUUUUCUGGAACAAAAUAAAUAAAUAAAUACUAAUAUCAGGGGCCCUAAAUAUGAGACAACAGUGUCAAGUGUUGAGUGCGACUGGCAUACUGAAAAUGUGCCAAAUUUUAGAAAACAUUUCUUUUUCUUUUUUAAACAAUUCACUUUCUAGGAUCUUUUUUCAUGGCUAUAGUAGAGCAACACUUGAAGCAGAAGAUGAAAUAUGUGUCAAUUUGCUGUUGUUUGUUCUUGGAUCAUUGUGUCGAUUAUAAACGUGAUGAGAUUUUGAA